AUGGAGCGGAAUGAUCUUUCCCCCGGGUCUGGAGUGGCCGCGCAAAAGCCUGCAGUCGUUAGCGGUUGUGCUGCACCGCCGUCUCACUGCGCAAGCCUCUGCGACAGCAGACUGUCCAACCAGUGCGGCCCGAACAAGCACGACAUCAUGGAAGAGGCAGAGGAUAGUGAAGCAGUGCCCAAGUUUCAGCACGCUCGACUCAGGCGUGCCGGUACCACCGGAGGGGGUGGAAGUGUAGGAGGAGGAGGCAAUAAGAUGCAAAACUUCGCGUCGGGAGGAGGAGCCGCGCUCAAGAGCUCCUCCAUCGACGAGAUCCAAGCGCUCCAAGACACUUCCGAGCUCGAGCAAGUGGAAGUGGUCGCUUCCUCGGACGCAGCAGUUAGGACGUUCGCGCCUGCGCGACUGAGUGAUGCGGCGGCACGCGACGAUCCCGAUCCCGGGAAAGCGUCUCCUCUAGCGCUCACGGUGGACGCCUGUAAUGUUCCAGGAGAAGGAGGUGGCCACGGCGCAGCUCCGGUCUCUGUAAUGAAGUGCAACAAAAACGGCGAGUGCAGAAGAGACUCGGGCACGGGCAGCUUGCGCUCAAUUAUGUCCAAGCAGGACAAGCAGGAUGCGAAUAAACGCGCCACAACCUCCUCAACUUCAGGCACGGACGCGCCCGCGGGUCCCUCGGGCCCUGGAGACUCCUCCAGUCCCGCCGCCUUUCCAGACAAGAAGGACUCCAAGGUGUCGUUCUCCAAUGCGCCGAGUCGGAAGGCGUCCGCUUCUAUGCAGAGCCAGCAGCCCAGGAACUCCGUGACGUUCCUCAAGUCUGAGGAUGGAUCGCAGAUUGUCCCCGAGGAUGCUGAGGCGCGCGGGAGUCAGGCGAGCUUCAUGCAGAGGCAAUUCGGCAGCAUGUUGCAGCCGGGGGUCAAUAAAUUCUCCUUACGAAUGUAUGGCAGCCAGAAAGCGGUGGAGAAAGAGCAGGAACGCGUCAAAUCCGCCGGAAAAUGGAUCAUUCAUCCUUACAGCGAUUUCAGGUUCUACUGGGACUUUACAAUGCUCCUCUUCAUGGUGGGCAACCUGAUCAUCAUUCCAGUAGGCAUCACGUUCUUCAAGGAGGAGACCACCACGCCUUGGAUCAUCUUUAAUGUUGUCUCUGACACGUUCUUCCUCAUGGACCUGGUGCUCAAUUUUCGAACGGGCAUCAUCAUCGAAGACAACUCUGACAUCAUCCUGGAUCCCAAGACCAUCAAGAAAAAGUACCUGAAGACUUGGUUCGUGGUGGACUUUGUCUCGUCCAUUCCCGUGGAUUACAUCUUUCUUAUUGUGGAGAAGGGAAUAGACUCAGAGAUGUACAAGACGGCCCGGGCCCUGCGCAUCGUCCGCUUCACAAAGAUCCUCAGUUUGCUGAGGCUGCUGAGACUUUCCAGACUCAUCCGCUACAUACACCAGUGGGAGGAGAUCUUCCACAUGACCUACGACCUGGCGAGUGCCGUGAUGCGCAUCAUCAAUUUGAUUGCAAUGAUGCUGCUGCUGUGCCACUGGGAUGGCUGUCUUCAGUUCCUCGUGCCCAUGCUGCAGGAUUUCCCCUCCGACUGCUGGGUCUCGCUCAACAAAAUGGUGAAUGACACGUGGAGUGAGCUGUACUCCUUCGCCGUGUUUAAAGCGAUGAGUCACAUGCUCUGUAUAGGUUACGGCCGGCAGGCUCCGGAGAGCUUGUCGGACAUAUGGCUGACCAUGCUCAGCAUGAUCGUCGGAGCCACCUGCUACGCCGUCUUCAUUGGCCACGCCACUGCUCUCAUCCAGUCGCUGGACUCCUCCCGGCGACAGUACCAGGAGAAGUACAAGCAAGUGGAGCAGUACAUGUCCUUCCACAAACUUCCAGCAGAUUUCCGGCAAAAAAUCCACGACUACUACGAGCACCGCUACCAGGGCAAGAUGUUCGACGAGGAGAGCAUCCUGGAGGAGCUGAACGAACCGCUCAGAGAGGAAAUUGUGAACUUCAACUGUCGUAAGCUGGUGGCCUCGAUGCCCCUGUUUGCCAAUGCUGAGCCCAACUUUGUCACGGCUAUGCUAACUAAGCUCCGCUUUGAGGUCUUCCAACCCCGGGAUUACAUUGUCCGCGAAGGCACCAUUGGCAAAAAAAUGUACUUCAUCCAACACGGCGUGGUCAACGUCCUCACUAAAGGAACUCUGGGAAUGAAGCUCUCCGACGGCUCCUAUUUUGGAGAAAUCUGUUUGCUGACACGAGGGCGCCGGACAGCGAGUGUUCAGGCAGAGACAUACUGCCGUCUUUACUCACUCUCUGUGGACAACUUUAACGAGGUUCUGGAGGAGUACCCUAUGAUGAGAAGAGCUUUUGAGACCGUGGCCAUUGACCGACUCGAUCGCCUAGGAAAGAAGAACUCCAUCUUGAUGCACAAAGUGCAGCAUGACCUGAACUCGGGUGUUUUCAACAACCAAGAGAAUGAAAUGAUCCAGGAGAUUGUGAAGUACGAUCGAGAGAUGGUCAAACUGGUGGACUUUCAGCGUCCACGAGCCAUGUCUAUGACAGCCUCAGUCCCUGGUGGAAUAUUUGCCCCACCGGGUCAGUCGCAGGGUGCCUCCGCCAUCGCCACGUUACAGCAGGCCGUAGCCAUGAGCUUCUGUCCUCAGAUGGCAAAUACCCUAGUGGGCGCAGGCACUCUUCAAUCUCCUCGCAUGGUCCGGCGCUUCCAAGUAAUCCAGAACCUUUCUAGCUCUGCAUCUGUCUCCCCCAUGCAGCCACAGCCACCAGGUCCAAUGCCAGGGGGCGCGUGUGCUUCUGCUGCCACAUCCAGUCCACCUGUGCAAAGUCCAAUGGCACCAACAGGCUCAAGGACAUUCCAGUAUAGCUGUAGCCCGAUGGGUGGGCGUACAGGAUCUCAGCUGUCUCUUGUCCAGCAGCAUGUGCCUAGUCCGACGCGCAAAGGUGCCCACUCCCUGCAGCAUACAGACAGCCUGAGCCAAGACGCCCGUGCAUUGUCCACUUCCCAACCCUCUCUACCCCAGGAUGGAGUGACAGGUGUGGGUACCAGCCCAACAGCCUCAACCCACGUCUCCUCUACGUCCAUUGGGCCACAGCAGGCUCCCCACCCUGCUGUACCCGGGCCCUCUGGAAUCAGAAGUGUUGUACCUCAUAGAAUGGUGCAGCCUCACCAAAUGCCACCCUCCACUCCACCCCCUGUUGGUGGAGCAGGGCCAAGUUAUCUUGAGCCAAUUGUGCACAAGAAAGAUUCUAUAGUUAGCCUCCCUGAAACGGACCCCACUAUCAGAUCCAGGCUCUCCUCGAACCUCUGACCAAACUCUGGCAUAUGCUGACAUAUUGGCACUAUUGUGUGUUCUGUACCCAAAGGAAGCAGACUGUGUAUUGUCUAGGGGGAGUAUUCAACUCAGUCGAUCACUAAGAGAUACAAUGUCUAAAGUGUAACUAGGUUGAAAAGGUGGGAUUUUCCUAGCGAGCCCACUCAUGUAGUUACUCCCUUCUCAUUCAGCAAAGAAAUUCCCCCCUUUGCUGUCUUUGUUCUAAAGAAGUACAUGGAAAGAGAAUUUUUGUUGUAUUCUGUAGAUUCCAUACGAUGCAAUCUGGCCUGAGCUGGGACUUACAGAAAAUCAGGGACUUGUAUCACAUGACAAUGAUGACAUUUUAAGCUUUGCAAAAGUGUUUUUGAGUGUCCUUUGUUCUGUAUAACUGUAGCAGAAAUAACUAGCUGUUCUUCAUAUUCUUGUAAGAUAUUGAUGAAAAUAGUAUUAUAUAGACCGCUGGUCGAUCUUAUAUUGAUAUGUACAUAGGAUACAUUUGGAAAAGGAAAAAAUACAGAAAAUAUCUUCAUUGUAUCUACUCAAAAACCAAAGUUGAGCUUGGUUGAGUUUGGUCAUUUCUGUGUCAAAUAGGAAAAAGAAUUGAAAAGAAAAUGCAUUUAUUUAACUGCCUUUAUUCCAAAUUUCGAAGCCAUAUAUGUGGUAAGUGUGAAUCUAUGUGGGAGUGAGGCGGGGGGACGUAAGCUUGUUAUUGAUUUAUUGACCUGUUUUCUCAAGAGAGUGUAAAGCCACUGUAGUGAAAUGACUGUUUUUUUUUUCUUCUUGGGCAUUUUGACAGAUGUGUUUGUAACAGUAAAGGCAAUACCCCAGAGCUUCUGGCAUGCA